AUGAAAGCUCAAUUCAAUGCUCAAAUACAGAUUCUUCACUCAGACAAUGAUAGAGAAUUUGUUAAUCAUGACUUUCAUGUUUACUUCCAACAACAUGGAAUUAUCUAUGACAUGACUUGUCCUCGGACACCACAACAAAAUGGUGUUGCUAAACGAAAGAAUCGACAUCUUCUUAAAACUGCUCGACCACUUCUGAUUGGCGCUCAUAAAGGCUACCGUUGUCAUCACCCUUCUCCCCAACGUACAUAUAUCACUUUGGAUGUGACUUAUCUGGAAUCUGAGAUGUUCUUUCAUGACCCAUCAUCCAAUUAUAUGUUUCGGAGGGAGAUACGAAGUGAAAAGCAGAAUUGGAGCAACUUGGAAAACAAAGAAAUUUUCCUCUAUACAGAAACAAUCGAUCGUCCAAACCCGACGAUUGAUCAUCUCGAGUCUGGAGCACGAGAUUGCUUUUUGCCUAAAAGCGAUCAAUCGCUAGACCCGUCUAACCCCAGUGAAGAUGUUUAUGAUCCGAGUCCUACACCUAUAGACAAUACAGAACAACGGGAUGCAGACCCCCCCUCUAACUUAAUAAUACCAAUGGAUCAAUCUCUUGAGAAUAUCCUUGAGUCAGUCUUAUUGUCUCUCACAGUUAAUUUGGACUGGCCACUACACCAGUUUGAUGUAAAGAAUGCUUUCCUACAUGGAGAACUCAUGGAAGAGGUAUAUAUGGACAUUCAUCCUGGAUAUAAUACUACUCAGACUAGAACAAUAUGCAAAUUACGAAAGGCGUUGUAUGGACUGAAACAGUCACCACAUGCAUGGUUUGGGCAGUUCACCAUGACAAUGAAGAACAAUAGUUUCCGAUAG